AUAAAAGCCCUCCCACAAGCUAGUUUAUCAGCAACGUAAUCCCUGAAUUUUGCACUUUUUCGUCAUCUUCCAAACUUCUAUUACCAAUUCUCUCAUUUUCCAUCUCUCAUUUUCCAAGUCCCUCUCAACUCAGCUCAGAAGACUUUGGAUCUUCUUCCCCAAGCCCCAAGCCCCUCUUUUUUUCUCUCUCUCCCCAACACUCACAACAGCAAUGAUGUCAUUGCAACCGCUUACAAACCCUAAACCCUCCUCUCUCUAUACAUCCACUUCCAGACCCUUCAACACAAAGUUCCUAAAACCUCCAAAACCCUAUUACAGGACCAAACCCUACACCACAACUACCGUACAAUCAGUCCUCCAAUACAACCGCAAGCCCCAAUUGGCCGGAGAAACCCCACGAGUUGUCGUCAUCACCUCCGGCAAGGGCGGUGUUGGCAAGACCACCACCACCGCCAAUAUGGGCCUCUCUCUCGCCCGUCUCGGCUUCUCAGUGGUGGCCAUUGAUGCCGAUGUUGGUCUCCGAAACCUCGACCUUCUCCUUGGGCUCGAAAACAGAGUCAAUUACACCGUCGUCGAAGUCCUCAACGGCGAUUGUAGGCUCGACCAAGCCCUAGUACGCGACAAGCGGUGGUCCAACUUCGAAUUGUUGUGUAUAUCGAAGCCUAGGUCGAAACUCCCAAUUGGGUUUGGUGGAAAAGCCCUAGUUUGGCUCGUUGAUGCGCUAAAAGACCGUCAAGAAGGUUGCCCGGACUUUAUUCUAAUUGAUUGUCCAGCAGGCAUCGAUGCCGGAUUCAUUACGGCGAUUACACCGGCCAAUGAGGCGGUUUUGGUGACCACGCCCGACAUUACAGCCUUACGUGACGCUGAUAGGGUCACAGGACUGCUCGAGUGUGAUGGAAUUAGGGAUAUAAAGAUGAUUGUCAACCGGGUUCGGACAGAUUUGAUCAAAGGAGAAGAUAUGAUGUCUGUGCUUGAUGUUCAAGAGAUGUUGGGAUUGGCAUUGUUGGGAGUGAUUCCGGAGGAUGCAGAGGUUAUUCGUAGUACUAAUCGAGGAUUCCCACUUGUAUUGAAUAAGCCACCUACAUUGGCAGGGUUGGCUUUCGAGCAAGCAGCUUGGAGGCUGGUUGAGCAAGACAGCAUGCAAGCUGUGGUGAUGGAGGAGGAGCCAAAGAAGCGUGGGUUUUUCUCGUUUUUCGGAGGGUAGAGAAAGUGCAUUAAUCUGAACUGGGGCUAUAGAAUUCUUUGGGUUGUGUGUGAUUUUUUAGUAGAGUUAGUUGACUUGUGUUUUGAGUAGGAGUUACUAGUUGGGACGAGGAGGAAAGAGGAAGCUGUGUACAGUAAGUGGGUCUUCCAUGUAUUGUCUAUAUAACAUCAUAUAGUUCCGAAGCCUAAUUCAUCUUCCAACUAUUUGAGACCUGCUGCAAGACUUUUAUUUGUCUAGUUCAUCUGAUGUAGUUGCUGCUACUUGAGAGUUGAGACUAUAGGUAUUACUAUUUUAUUUAUUUUUUGAACUUUUUGACUACCUAACUAGUAGGAGGAAUGGGAUUCCCCAGUAAACUCUUGGGUCAAAAGCAGUUAAAUAGGAUGCUUAUGCUUGUUUUAUAUUUCUGCAUACAGAACUGUAUUCUGAACCAUAAUAUUUCAUUGUUUUUGUAGUAAAUUUCUGUGCAUUUUGAAUA